GACAGACAGUCGAUGGGUGAAGCGAUAUUCCCGAGCGGCAAAGAUUGUUCUCUUCUCUAAACUCUUCUCUGUCUCAACUGUGUCCAACGCGGAAGAUCAUCCGGGGAAGCACAGAGGAUUUUUCAGCUGUGUGUUUGGUAAAUUAAUACUAGAGCGCACGCUGACGUCCUUAUCCAAAAGCCUCGUCGCGACGGGUAGAAAAAGUGGAACCAGGAUUGCCCUUUUCUCGGGAUUUGCGCUUUUUUUGUCGUUUCCAAGAUAUCGCUGGGACUAAAUAAAACAUUCGCCGAAUACAGUGAGCGUGGUGUCAGUGUUAAAUUAAAGAAUCUUUAUUGAAAAACUUGAAAUGUAGCGCUGAGAGUGUGACUGAAGAAAGCUGUAAAGAAGUUUUUAUAUUCGCCUUCUUUGCACCACUUUGUGUCAUUUCCCCCAAUUCGAGAUCAAGAGGGCGGCGAGGAGCUUGUUUGUGUUUUAUUCAGAAACCCGACACGCUGACUUAUUGGAGUGACUUUCCCGAAGGUUACUCUCAGAAGAACAACGUGUUUAUGGAUUGCUGUGCAACGAGGAACACCGGGAGUGAUAGGCUUUACUUUGGCGCAUCGAUCAUGUUGAUACCUCGCUGUUGCUGUAAACUUUGAUAGAUGUUUACAGAAAGAACUCAGUAAUAUUGAUUAUUAAUAUUAUUUUACACAAUUCAACUCAGAUCAAUCCAGACUGACCGCUGAGGAAAGAGGGACGCGUCUUUCGCCCUCCCCUCCUUUUUUUCUUUCUUUCCAGACGUCAGGACGGAUCUCUAUCACGCAGUCUGACUCCUUCUGUGAUUUAAACAAAGACCAAGUGUUUGGGGAUAGCAUGGCAAUGGUAGUAAACCAGUGGCCAGAGAACAUUUCUGCAGAUCCGGGGUCCCAGCUCCAGAUGUGCGGUCAGGAGCCCGGCGGGGGACCAGGGACCCCCAAUGGUUCCACCCCGGGGAACGACGCACUUUCCGGGGACAAGAUCCCCAACGUAGACUGCAUGGUGUGCGGGGACAAGUCCAGUGGGAAGCAUUAUGGUCAGUUCACCUGCGAGGGAUGCAAGAGCUUCUUCAAGCGAUCAGUGAGGCGGAACCUCACGUACACCUGCCGGGGGAACCGAGACUGUCCCAUCGACCAGCACCACAGGAACCAGUGUCAGUACUGCCGGCUGAAGAAGUGUCUCAAAGUCGGCAUGAGGAGAGAAGCAGUACAACGAGGACGCACGUCAAACUCACAGAGCAGCCCGGGACAGUACCUGACCAACGGCACCGACCCGUACAACGGCCAGCCCUACCUGUCCGGCUUCAUCUCCCUGCUGCUGCGUGCCGAGCCCUACCCCACGUCCCGCUACGGGGCCCAGUGCAUGCAGGGAAACAACCUGAUGGGCAUCGAGAACAUCUGCGAGCUGGCGGCCAGACUGCUGUUCAGCGCUGUUGAGUGGGCAAAGAACAUCCCGUUCUUCCCCGACCUGCAACUCAUGGAUCAGGUGGCGCUGCUGCGCAUGUCAUGGAGCGAGCUUUUUGUCCUCAAUGCUGCCCAGUGCUCCAUGCCGCUUCACGUGGCGCCUCUGUUGGCAGCCGCCGGCCUGCACGCCUCGCCUAUGUCUGCAGAGCGUGUUGUGGCCUUCAUGGACCACAUCCGAGUCUUCCAAGAGCAGGUGGAGAAGCUGAAGGCCCUGCAGGUCGACACAGCCGAAUAUUCCUGCCUUAAGUCCAUUGUGCUCUUCACAUCUGAUGCUAUGGGGUUGUCAGAUGUGGCCCAUGUUGAGAGCAUCCAGGAAAAGUCCCAGUGUGCCCUGGAGGAGUAUGUUAGAAACCAGUACCCCAGCCAGCCCAACCGCUUUGGACGCCUCCUUCUCCGCCUCCCCUCGCUGCGCAUCGUCUCCUCUCCGGUCAUCGAGCAGCUGUUUUUCGUGCGCCUGGUGGGCAAGACUCCCAUCGAGACAUUGCUCCGCGACAUGCUGCUCUCAGGCUCCAGCUACAACUGGCCCUACAUGCCCACCGUGCAGCGCGAGCGGCCUCUCUCCCUCCACUACAACGAGAACGGGCCCUGAAACAGAGACGGAUCAGACAUCCCUUUUUCCUUCCCUUCAUCGUCUGCAGUCCACCUUUCUCUCAGCUUUCCCAAAGGAAGCAUCUCCCUCACCAUUCCACUCUAAAAGACACAAUACAUCACCGUCCUGGUCACACAAGCCAGCCAAUCGUUCUCCAUUGCCGAUAGAGAGACUUAGCGGCCCGUUGAAGUCCCUGAGCUGAUGGCGCAGUCUACAUUUGAGAUGUGGCAUGAGUUGGACAGGUUGGUAGAAUGGGUUAUUGCGCAGUUCACCAGCAGGUCUGUUGGACUCACGUCUGAUGUCAGUCUCAAAACAUCAAACAUCUGCUUCAAUGUUGGUGCUUUGCCUACACUUACAGAGGCUGUGCACAAGCAUCUGUUAGAAAAAAAAACUGUGUAAGGCUUUGCCAGUUGGACUCUACAGCCAAGAGCACAAGACCCGUUGUAUAUUCACCAAUUUUUGAAAAAUAAACCAGAAGCCAUUAAAAAAUAGGAAGAAAAAAAGACAAAUACCAAAAUGUCUUGAACUUUUGCAGAGGACAUGUUUUAUUGUGUGUGUUGUAUUAGCACUGUUUAUAUGGAGAGAAAACUCAUGAUUGUGUCCAUAUGUACAGUAUAUCAUUGAUACAUAGGCGUCUAAGGCAUUUUACGGUUUUGUGGAGAAAAAAAGAGCUCAGGUUCAGAGGGUGGGUAGACAGACAGACAGUAGACAAACCCAGCAGAUUUUUACACUUACCAGCAGCCUGUGCCAAAGCUGACAAAUGCGUAUUGUUUGGAAUAUAUUUGUGGCAGUGUUGGUAAUGAAAUUUGGUUUUUGGUUUGUCUAUAAUUUGACAACACUUGUUUUGGGGUCUCAGAUGGGGGAAAAUAAAUUUGUAAAAAGAUACUAAUAAAAGCUUAGGCACUUGUAUUGUAAACUAGUCAGACCCACUUAUUCACUCCUGUAAAAUCACAGCACUGAUAGUCUUUCUACCUUUACCCCGUUUCAUCAGAAAACUCAUUUUAACUCCUGUCAUGAUGCGUUCACAGCUCGUCUUUGUUUUGUUUUUUUUUUUUUUUUAAUUUCAUGAUUGUCAGUAUUGGACCUUUUAGACUUGGUGGGAUGGGGGUGGGGGGUGUUAUACAAAAAUUAGCUGUACUUGCCUUAGAACAAAGUUUUUGUCACUGAGCAUUUAUCUUAUGACUGUGCCAUAAUCUCUUGUUACCUGUUAUAACAGGUAUUAUGUCCUGUCAGGAGUGGAAAUGAGUUUGCAUGAUGUCAGAAUGUAAUGUGCAUUUUAAAAAGUGAUGCAGAGGAUAAAUAUUUUAGCCAAAAAUAACCAGACAAUAUAAAGAAAAAAUGUUUGACAGCAGAAGUUUUGGCUUUAACAUCAUCAGCGCUUGGAAUUUUUAGACCUCAUGUAAGUUCAUUUCCACUUACUGGUGUUAUUUUCGUGUAGGAAAGAAAAAAAAAACCCUCAACUCGUAUAGUUUUAAGGAUAUCACAGAGUAAUGUUUCACUAACCUGUGACAACCUCAGUUUAUGUUGCAACAUGAUCUCCGUUAGAAUUAGGACUGCGUCGUAGCGUAGGAAUAUUUUAUUUUUUUCUUUCUUCCUCUUGGUGGAAGCAAGCUUGUGUCACAUUUCCAACACGACUUUGUAGGUUCAACGUCGAGUAUCAGUAUUUGGAAAAGCCAUCUGGGACCUGAGAAAGCUGUCUGUUCGUAAAUAAAUUCACAGAAAGUUUCUAUGAGUUUGUUUUUAUCCCCUCUACUUUUGUUUGGAAGUAUGGAUUAUCCGUCAGUUAAAAUAAAA